AUCACCUAUUGCCAUCAUGCCCGGGGUGCUGCUUUGGACCUUUGUGGUUCUGAAACUCUUUACAGUCGGAGGUCAAGAUUUCUUUCAGAACAGGAGAGCUGGUGAUUAUGUGCCACCACCACAAUCAGUCAAAUAUAUCGUGUCACUGCAAACCUCGAAAGGCCAGCAUUUCUGUGCAGGAUCCCUGGUGCAUAAGUAUUGGGUUCUCACUGCUGCACACUGUAAAACAGGAUGUCUUGCACUCAGGGUGGAUCAGAUGAUGAUAGUGGCUGGAGACAAAUAUGAAGGGAAGGAGCAGUAUUCCAAACCGCACUCGAUUAUACCUCACCCACUGUACAACAAAAGCACCAAUAAUGCAGACAUCAUGCUCAUUAAGCUCCGGGCUCCAAUUAAGCUGAACAGGUAUGUCUCCCUGGCUCCUCUUCCCAAACAAAACACAGGAGUGCUCCCUGGCCAGCUGUGUCAGGUGUCUGGCUGGGGUUCAACAAGUCAGAGCAGGGGUGUGAGCCCCCUUAUGCUUCACUCUGUGAAUCUGCCCAUCAUCUCUACGACUAAGUGUAAUAACAGCAAGUCCAUCAAUGGAAGCAUUACAAGCAAUAUGAUCUGUACUGCAGGCAAGGAAACAUGCAAGUCGGAUUCUGGAAAGCUGCUUGUGUGCAAUGGACGACUUUACGGGCUCGCCUCCUGGGGAACCAUUUGCGGGGAUACCGAGUUUCCAGGAAUCUACACAGCUGUGGCAAGGUUCCGCAGGUGGAUAGACCGUACCAUCUACAGGUCCUUCACACGAUGUUACAAAUAUAGAAUUCCACUGGCUUUGAAAUCCACCUUGACUGAUGUGUAGUUUAAGAUAUACACAGAUAGUACACAAAAUAUCUCUACAUGACUAAUAAAUAUCUUA